GUACGAUAUAAUCCCUGUUCCAAUAGCUACAGUCAGAGGAACUUUGAAAUUUUCUUUAACCGUUGGAUAUACGGAUAGUUACGGUUUCUAUUAUGUCGGCCUGCAGGUUGAUGGAAAUGGAAAUCUUGACGUACAGGUGCUGGGUCUAGUAAC